AUGAUUAUUUACUAUUUAAUCUUUAUAAUUUUUUUUUUUGUAAAUAUAUUUUUGAGUAAUAUUAUUUCACAUAUUAAAAAGACGGAAACUAAUAUAUGUGAUGAAAAUCAAGAAAUUCUUUCCAAAUAUGUCAAAGAAAAUUUAAAUGACCCAUAUCAGAUUCAAACUAAUAUAUACGAAAAUCAAGAAAAUCUUUCCAAACAUGUCAAAGAAAAUUUAAAUGAUCCAUAUUAUCAUAAAAUUAAAAUAAAGUUAAAUAAAAUUUUAAAAUCAAAUAAUAAUAAUAAUAAUAAUAUUAGUCAAAAUAUUGAAAAAAUAAUAACACAUAUUAAACCCCCACAGCAACUAUUAACCAAUCCUUACAUCCAAUCUGAGUUUUUACAUUCACCCAAUAAAAACCAUGAAUUAUUUAAUUCAAUUAAAACAAAUUUAGAAAUAAUUGAAAAAAUAAAAGAUGAUAUUAAAAAUAAUAGUGAUAAUAAUAGUAAUAAUAAAAAUAAAAAUAAUAACGAUUCAAUAAUUAAGGAUUUAUCAGCUCUUUUUAAUCAAUACAAAACAUCACAUGAAUCAUUUAUAGAAGAUAUAACAAAUAUUGCCAAUGAAUCUAUAAAAUUAACUGGAAAACCUGCAUCACAUAGAAUUUUAAAAUCUCCACCGUUAUUUAUCAGUGAAGAUUUGGAAUACUAUCAAGUUAAAUCAUUAGACCGAGCCUAUAAAAUUGUAUCGUAUGACCCAGUAGAGCUUAAAUAUAAAAAGGAAAAUAAAUCAGGAACUAGCUAUGUAAGUUUAUUGGAUCAAGUUUGUUACAAAAUCGAUAAUGGAUCUCAUUUAUUAAAACCAGCAAAAGAAUAUGCAAUAUAUCAAUUCAAUAAAUUAUUAUUCCCAACAUUACUUCUCGUUUCUCCAACUCAGUUAUUUGUUUUAGAUAAUUUAGAAACUUUUUCAAAUGAUUCAUUACCUCCGGAUAUUAGGAAACAAUUAGGAGAAGAAAAAACAAACUAUGACGAAUAUUCUAUUCCAAAGCUUUUAGAAAAAGCUCCACACACUUAUAAAAUUAUAGAAAAUGGUUUACAAAACGAAACAAUUUUUAUUCAAGCAUCAUUAAUUGUUAAAGGAGAAACACUUGAGAAUUAUUUAAAUCGAGCAGAUACAAACUAUAAUCAAAUUAAUUUGAAAAGUUACAGUUCACAUAUUAUAUCAAGUUUAUUAUCUAUUCAAACAGACUACAAACCAGAUAAUCUUAUAUUAGAAGAAAAUACAAAUAAUAUUAUUGGUAUUGAUAAUGAUGAGUCAUUGGAAUCAAAUGAAAUCGAAAUAUUACCAAAUAGUAACAACAAAGAUGCUUAUACUAAGGUCGGUAAUAUAUUAUUUACACUCAAAGAAUUAAUGAUACAGCGAAUCGAUGAAGAUGUCAAAAAUCAAUUUAUUCAACACACACCAUCACUUUUUAUUUUAAAAUGGUUAAAACUAAUUGAAAACAAACAAUCAAACUAUGAUGAAAUAAUUUCAAAACUACUGGAUCCUUAUGAAACUCAUUCCCAACAUCAACUUCAAAACAAUUUUAGAAAUGAAUUAAAUUUACCUUUAAUGUUUAAUAGAGGCUGGAUAACUUUAAUGUUUCAAAGAUUUAAAACAAUAAGACAACAUUUAAUUUCAAAUCCAAACACUACACACCAAAAACUAUUUGAUUUAAUACAUCCACUUUUAAGUAUUUACUACACACUUUUAUCAAAUAUAUAUUCAAAUCCAUUAGAUAUCAUUGGUUCAAUAAAAGAUGAAAAUGAAAAUGAAAUCUCAAAAAUUCCAUUUAAAAAAUUAUUAGAAUUAAAUAAAUACUCAUCAUAUAUAUCCGAAGAAAAGAUCCAAGAAUCAAUUCAUAACUUAGCAACUAUUAAUCAAGAGAGAAUAUCCAUUACAGAUGCAAUUAAAGAACUAGUAUCUCAAACCGAUUAUAAUGACUUAAUAGAAUGUAAAUCUUCAUAUGGUGUAAAUGAAUGUGGUCCAUUUUGUAACACUGGUUGUAAAACAAAAAAUAUUAUUGUAGAAUGGUUAGAAAUCGUAUAUUCAACAUAUAAUGGAAAAGAUGAUAAAGUUCCAUUCCAUGAUUCUUGGUAUCAAAAUAAAGAUCAUUUAUUUAAAAGAUUAUUAAAAUAUGGUACAUCUAUCAAUUGUAUCGAACUAGUUGUGAAAUCAUUGGACAUCAAAAUUAAUAACGAAAACUAUUUUGCAACUAUCGUUGAAAGCGAAAUACUAAAGAAUCCAAACAGCUGGCACUUGGUCGAAUUUUUAAUCAAUUAUUUUAAUUUAGAUAUUGAAAGAAUCGAAAAUGGAUGUACACUAUUAGAUCUAUCAUCAUCAAGUUACAAUUUCAAUGUAUUUAUAAAUUUAAUUAAAAUGGGUGCUGGAAAAAACUCAAAUGGAAUAGAUAUUAGUGUAUUUUAUCAAACAUUCACACAUCAACAAAAAUUAGAGUUAAAACCUUUCUUAACAAAUUUAUUUUUAAUUAAUCCAAAAAUCACAUGGUAUAUUUCAUUAAAUCAACUAUUCCCUUUAGAAAAUACAAUAACAAACAAUAAUAAUAAAUCACCAAAUUAUUUAGAAACAGAUGGAACAUUAAGAAGAGUAAUAUCAGAAGAGUAUUGUGACAAACUAUUUGAUCAAGAUGGUACACCAAAGAAAACAAAUGAUAAAGGUGAAAGAGCAGUCACACUAAUUGAAGAUGAAUAUGGUAAUGGUAUCUAUUUAAAAUUCAAACCACAAUUCCCAGGUAUUGAAUAUGCAGUACAAAUACUAUCAGAACAACUAUUUGGUGAAAAUUUAACAACAUUUUGUGAAUUGGGAUCAAUUAAUUCAAUUCCAGUAUUAUUAUCACAAAAAGUACCAGGGGUGGUUUUAGUAGAUAUACUAAAUCAAAACCCAAAUAUAACUAAUGAAAUUGAAUCCUCAAAUAUCUCAAAGCAAAUAAUAUUAUCAAUAAUUAUCAAUAAUGCCGAUGGUAAUUUGGGAAACUAUAUAAUUGUACCAAACGAAAACAACUCACACAAUAGGACCAUUUAUAAAAUGUUUUCAAUUGAUAAUGACCAAUCAUUUAUGCCAUCAAAAGCUACUGGAUUAUUAAUAUUCUCAAGAUUUUCCAAAUCGUUACAAUCCGACACUGUAUUAUUUUUAUUUGAUCAAAUGAAUCAUGUUGUGCAUCAAGAUAUUAUCGAUUGUUUUAAAGAUUUAGAUAUUUACAAUGUUUUAAAAACAUGGUUAGAAAACUUAAUAACUUAUCAUAACAAGAUGUUAAAACUAUUUUCAUCAAAAAAAAAAGAAUUAAAACAAAAUAAAGAAACUAUUAUUGGAGUAUCUUUUAACAAUGGAAUGAUCAUACAUUUAUAUUCAAAACUUAAACGUUUACAACAACUUUUAAAAGAUAAUUCAAAAGAACCAACUACUCACCUAGAUUUAUUAAGUACUUUAGAACCAUUGGUUGCAAAUAGAUACAAAUCAUAUUUAAAUUUAAAUAUAUCAAUAAAAGAAAGAUAUAAUAAAUAUUUCAACUAUAAAAAUCCAACAAUCCAACAAUUAACAUGUACAACACACUCAUCAGCACAAAUAUUACAAUCAAAAGGUAUUCCAAAUUCAAAUGAUAUCAUUUUAAAACUAUGGGAAGAAGAAUAUAGUCCAUUAAAAACCUUAGGAGAAUUAAACAAUCAAAACAAAAAACUAAAGCAUUUAUCAGAUCUCAUACUAAAACUAUAUCAAAAAGAAUCAUAUAUUAUAUCAAAUUAUGACAUCGAAUGUUUAUUAGAAGCAGAUUUCAGUACUAUUACACAGCAUCAAUUUAUUAUACUUUCUGAAUAUUUAAAAUUAAAAGAAAUAUCAGUUCUCAUUUUUAGAAACAGUCAAAUAAAAUUUAAUUUACUCCACUCUAACCUAUUCAAACAAAUUGUUCCAAAUUUACUAAAUAAAUUUAAUCCACUCAAUCAAUUUAAUUUAGACUCAAUUAUCAUACUCGAUUUAUCUGGAUGUGCCGGUUUAUUUAAUUUAGGAAUCCAAGCUUACUUUUCAACAAUAGAAUUUAACCUAUUAAACAAACUAAAACUUGAUAGGUGCCCACAACUUUCAUCUGUUUAUAUUUCAGCUCCAAAUUUAGUUUUUUUAAGUGCCACCGAAUGUAAAAAGCUAGACAAUAUUAAUAUCAAAACACCAUCUAUUAAAUAUUUAAAUGUAAAAGGUUCUAAAUUAACAAACUUUGACAUUUUUGAUUUAAGUCAACUCGAUAAAUCAUAUAAUGCAUUUAACAAUUUAGAGUACCUUAACAUAUCAGAAACUGAAUUCUCAACCAUCAAAAUUAAAUCAACCAAAUUAAAAUGUUUAGAUAUGUCUUUAAUGAAAAAAUUAACAACUGCAUAUUUAGAAGUACAAUCAAUAGAAUCUAUUAAUUUCAAAGGAUGUAAAUCAUUAGAUCUAAUAUCAACAAUGCAAAAUAACUACGAUAUCAACUUUAAUUUAGAUAGACUUUUAAAUCAUCCAGAAACUAUUGAGAAAAUUAAAGAUGAAUACUUUUUAAUACCAACAGACUCAUAUCCCAAUUAUUAUUUAAUUCUUAGUAAUGAUUCUUUGACUAAAGAACAUUUAUUAGAAAGAUAUAAUAUUCAAUUUAGUGGCAACUCAUUAUGGCCCUCAAAGAUUAUUUUAUUCAAUACCAUGCAACUUGAUUUAUUUUAUUCAAAUAAUCAAUUUUUUCGUAAUUAUUUUCCAAAAGCUCUAUAUCUCAGUCAAGGAUUUAAUGAUCUUUUACUACCUAAUAAAGAUACAUCAAUGGACAUUUUAAUUAUAGGUAAUAUAGGUAAACCAUUGAAAGAAGAAUCAAUACCAAAAAAAUUAUCCUUUUUAAGAUUCAAUAAUUACAAUCAUCCAUUAAACCCAUCGAUUAUUCAUAAAAACAUCAACACUGUUCAAAUGUAUACCUAUGAUUCAAACUCACCAAAAGAUCAAACAACAAUUAACUACAACAACUUUAGAAACACUUUAUAUAUCAAACAUCUUCUUAUUUUCAAAUCAAAAUAUUGGUAUUGUUUUAAUGGAGGACCAAAACUAAUAGGAAAACAUGGAAAAAUUGAAUUAGAUUUUCCAAAAACACCAAGCUUAACAAUUUUUAAUAAAUCACCGAUAAAAAAGAAAGAUUUUAAAGAAAUGUUAAAAAUCCGAUCAUUAAAAAAAAAUGUAAAAAUUUUAGAAUAUUGGGAUAAAAUUAAUACAACAUAUGAAACUAUUCCAAGCGAUAUAGAAUAUUUAUAUUUAGGUGAAAUUGAAGGAUCAUUACUAAUCAUUCCAAAUACAGUGACAUCUAUACAGCUUUGUUAUGAAUUUAAUCUUAAACUAUCACCUGGAGUCAUUCCUGACUCGGUAACCUCUAUCUAUAUAGGAGAUAUUAAAAAACCAUUACACCAUGGAUCAAUACCAAACAGUAUUACCCAUUUUAGUGUAUUCCGAGGAUACAAACACUCAUUAAAGAACAUUAUACCAGAUUCAGUAACAUAUUUAUAUCUCGAAGAAUUCAAACAUCUAGAUCAAAUAGUAUAUUCACUACCAAAAAAUUUAAAAAACAUAAAGCUUGGCUUCACAUUGUCAAAAGACCCUAAAAUUUCAAAAUACGGAUUCAUUUUAGAACAAUAUAUACCAUUUUUAAAUUUAAAAAUAAAAAGAUUAUAUAAUUGA